UGUCAAUCCUCCUUGUUUUGCCUGUCAUUUCGUUUGUCAUUCUUUUCAAAAAAGCCAAAUCGUAAUUUAUUUCGCCUGUGGCGUCUCAUUGACCUUAUUUAUUUAUUUAUUAAUUUUAAAACACUUCCUGUAUCAAGGAUACAAUAUAUUUAGUUCAAUACAUAGUCAUUGCUCUCUUAAAUAUAAAAAAAUGACAGCAGUCGCGUUUAAAGUUAAAAGCAAAAACGGGCAGCAAGUAUUGAAAGAUUUGACCUCUGAUAGUACAGUUGGUGAACUAAAAAGCUUUUUGUGCAGCAUUUCUGAUAUUAGUUUCGAGCGAAUUUGUGUGCUAUGUGGAUAUCCUCCGAAACCGUUGGAUAUUAGUGAUGAUGAUAAAAAAUUGUGUGACAUUGGUCUCAAGACUGGUGAGACUCUUAUUGUAGAAGAGAAGGCAGCACCGCUUCCAUCAAGCACUCCACAAGAAACUAGUAGCUCUCCAAAGAAAAAACCAGUGGAAAAUGGCAUUAUAUCACAUGAAACUACAGGGCCCUGCAGACCUGGCAUAUUGAUGAAAAAAGUUGUACCAUCGGACAAUUCUUGUUUAUUCACUAGUAUAGGUUUUGUUUUAAAUGGGAAUGUGGAUACAUCAGUCCACACGUUAAUGAGGCAAAUCAUAGCAAUGGAAGUUGCUAGUGACCUUGACACAUAUAGUGAAGCGAUGCUUGGGAAACCUAACCCAGAAUAUUGCACAUGGAUACAACAACCAAGUUCUUGGGGUGGAGCUAUUGAGGUGGCAAUAUUAUCUCGCUUUUAUGGUUUGGAGAUGGCUGUAGUAGAUACACUCAAUGCAAUAAUAAAUAGAUUUGGUGAAGACAAAAAUUAUGGGCAAAGGGUAUUUCUACUUUUCGAUGGAGUACAUUAUGACCCUUUAUAUCUAGAACAAUCUGAUGGUGGGAUACAAACAGUGUUUCCUGCAGAAGACAUGGACAUCUAUCGUGAGGCUGAGCAACUGGCACAGGAAGCGAAAUCCUCCCGACAAUUCACAGACUUAAACAAAUUCACACUCAAGUGUAUGGUGUGCGAUAAGCUAUUGACUGGCCAAGUCGAAGCCCAGAAACAUGCGAAGGAAACAAUGCACACGUCUUUUGGAGAAGUCUAGUACACAAUGCUUGCAAAUGUUUAAGUUUGAGAUUUUUUUCAAUCAAGUUGUGUCCAUUUGUAAUGAAAGCUAGUGGGGGUGCAGAAUUAAUUUGCCUCAUUAUAAAAAGGCAUAGCAGUAGAAAGAUCUUAAAUUGUAACCUGUCUUUUUUUACACUAUAAAAGUAUAAUUUGGUUCACCCUGGUUCUAAUUAAUGACCAGCUUACAUUGCAAUUACAUUUUAGCUUAAUUUAAGCUUGUGUCACUAAACAAGACGUAAAAUAAACGGCGUUUCAUUCCCUUUGUUAUAUUUGUGUAAUUGUUUUUAUUAUAGUUUUUUUUUAUUCCGUUAAGUAGAACACCAAGAAUUUUCAUGCUUUUCUAUAUUUAUAUCUUAUCUUUAUUGAUUUACUUCUGUAUAAUAUCCCAUUGUAAUUAGCUUGUUAAAAAAUAUUUUCCACCUACAAAACGUUUUAAUUAUGAAGAGUGUCUUGGUACAUUACAUAUGGUAAUGAGUAAAUUCCAUUACAUGAGUACAAUUUUCUAAUUACCUUCUAAUUAAUUAGGAACGCUAUUCUCUUUUCCUCUAAUUGGAAUUGGCAGUUGUAUUGUAACGUUCUCUGCAUAGGUAUCAUUGUUAUGUGCAAUACUUGAUAGACAUUUAAACUUAUCAACAUUGAAAGUUAAUACUAAAAUAUUGGUCCGAUUUAUUUCGUAAUAUUUAUGUUAAAAAUGAGUGAAGAGCUGGACACAACUUGAUGCUAGCUUUAUUUUAGGUAACUUUCAACACACCUUCAAAUUAAACAGAUUUAGUCAAAUUCAUUUGACGGAUGCAUGUUAUGGGAUGAAAGUGUUUUUGUUGGAGAUGUUAAUGAAGUUGUAUAAAAUAGCAAAGUUUAACUUGUCAUAAAAAAAAAUUAAAUUAGGUUGUCACAAGAGAGUAUUUUUUUAUUUUUAAAUAAUAGCUCUUGUUAUUUUAAUUAAGUUAACUUCGACUAGGUAAACAAUUUAUUAAAUGAAUUAAUCAACUCUGAAAACACUAAGGGGUUACUUUUGAAAUCUGUUAUAACGGUAUACUUAUUUUUAGCGGUGUAGUAUUUGUUUUAUUAUUAUUUAUUAACUUGUGUAAAAUAUUUUUACCCGCUCAAUGUAUUCUGAUGUCACCAAAGUAGUUUUUUAUUCAACUACGUUCACCGCACACAUUAAAUCCAAUAAAUCUCAUUUGAAUAUAUGGUCCUAUUUUUUAUUGUAAACCC